AUGACCACAACAAAAAACCUCAAAGAAAUCCCUUCUAACUACUUGAGAGUGCACCUAACAGUGCUUCAAUGGCUCGGAAUCGACAUUCUCCCAGUUGAGAACAUCCCUCUAGGCUUAUUUUACAUCUACACUGUCCUUAUGUUCAUCGCGAUGUGCUUCUUCCUAACAGCUGAAUUCCUCGACAUAGUGAUAAACUACGAAGACAUCUACAAGCUGAGUUUCACCCUUUGUUACUACGUGACCCAGGUUUUAGGCACCGCAAAAAUGUUUCUGAUGUUCUAUAUGCGUAAGACACUGAGGGGCUACUUGACGGCCUUAGAAAAUGGUAUUUUCAAACCGAAUCCCGCCCGUGGCGGAGUCGAGGAGCUCGAAUUGGUCAACGAUGCGAUAUCUCUGUGCAAUCGACAAGGCUACGUUUUUUACACCCUUGUUUUCCUUGCCAUUGGAGCCCGCCUUUUGUACGCCUCCCUUGCCAACUGGCCCUACGACAAACACAACUACAUGGACGGAAACGUCACAGUUAUCGUCACCACAAAAGUGAUGCCCUACGCCACGUGGAUGCCCUUCGACUACAACGAUAGCCCCCUUUAUGAGAGCGUCUUCGCGUUCCAGAUUUUCAGCACCUUUGCCUACGGCAUUUACAUUGGGGCUGCCGAUGCCGUCAUUUGCGGGUUCAUGAUGCUGAUCAAAGCCCAAUUUUUGAUCGUGAAAAGGGAACUCGAAACGUUGAUCGAAAGGGCGCAAAAGGCCGCAAUUGCGGAAAAUUCCGACAAUAAGGACGACUUCGCCGAAGGGAUUGAACGGGUCGAAUUAUUGAAUGAGAAGACUCAAGAAUUUGUUAAAAAAUUAACCAGCGAUUGUGUUUAUCACCACCAGGAGUUGAUCGCAAUGUGCGAUCACGCCGAAGAGGAUUUUAAUUACUUGAUGCUUUCGCAGUUUAUUUGUAGUUUACUAGUGGUGUGUCUCCAGUUGUUUCAAUUGACCUUCGGUAGUGCCGAGUUUUUCAGUAUGGUGUUCUUUUUGAUCCUGAUCUUGUUCCAAAUUUUGUGCUACUGUUGGCACGGAAAUGAGGUGCAACUUGUGAGUGGGGAAUUGUCAAGAAACGCUUUUGAAAUCAAUUGGAUCAUUAUGAAAGAAUCCUCGAAGACAAGUCUCCUGCUUUUGAUGAUGAGAGCUCAAAGGCCAUGCUAUUUCACAGCCGGAAAGUUUUCAAUCCUGUCUUUACAGACUUUUAUGGCGAUCGUCAGAGGUGCAGGCUCAUAUUUCAUGUUUUUGAAACGAAUGAACGCUUAAAAUAAAUUUUGCC